GCGCUGUAAGGGCCACGCCCUCCCUCGAGGCCACGCCCCCCGGCGGGUCCAGCCCUCGGGGACCCUCCGACCAUCCAUCCCAAAUCCAGCCAAGCUGGGGCAGGAGGCGGUUGCUGCCCGUUAUUGCAGGCCUCGGGUUAUUCUUUUUUACUGGUGUAACUUGCUUUUGGGUCCGAGCAGGUUUUUUGUGCCUGCCGGGUAAAGCGGUGUUGAAUUGUGAGCAGGAUGCUGGCUCUGGGUCUGUAAAUAGUAUAGACAUGUCCAUUGUGUGCCAUUACAGGAAAAUUUGCUUUAAGUCCAGAAGCUUUAUGGCCAGAGAGCCUGGCUGUGGUGUAGGAACUGUGCAGGUGCUUAAACUCCUGGCUUCUGGAAAUAUGCAUCCCAGUCUUGGGACAGUGGGUUGCUGGUCAGUGGGGAAUAACUGGUUCCAGACCUCCUCUCUGCCCUAUGAGCCUGGUGGGGUUGGGAGCCCCAGGUGAGCCCUGUUGCUCUCUCUGGGUUAUGUGGUGAGGCCUCACCUGAGUCCUGCACAGGCAGGAGUGAUUCGAGGUGGGGGUGUUCCACACCCAGCAUCUCCCAAAACCACCCCACUGAGCCCACGUCUGGAUCAGGGCUGUGGUUCCUCGGAGCAGGGCACCAGUGAGUGCUCCCUGCCCCAAAACAUGCUCCCUGUCCAUGGUGCAAAUCCCUACACCUGUCUCUGCCCUCUUCCUGGCCCUCUGGCUGUGCCUGGUCAGCUGGGGAGCAUCCAAGAUGAAAUCAGGGAUGUUGUGUCAGUGGGAAUCCUGGGAGCAUCCAGGGAGGUGCAGGUAGGCUGAGUCAUUGCCCACAUCCAUGCUCCCCCAGAAACCACCUGUGUUCCCUGAUGGGGGGCAAAUUCCUGCUGUACCUCAGGACAAACAUGCCUCUUGGUUUUGGAUGGGCUGGACUGGACUGAGGGGCUGUGGGAGGAUUGGCCUCUCUGGAGAGGGGACAGAUGCUGUAGUCAUCCUGGAAAAGACUCCUUUCCAGGAGGAGAAGAUCCCAGACUUGCUGAAGAAGGCGAUGAAGGCGGAGCUGCAGAUGCAAAACGACAUUUACUGCACGUUCUACCUGAGCCCUCCCCCGGAGCUGAGCGAGAUCAAGGCCACAGUGGUGUACCCUGCCACGGAGAAACACAUCCAGAAGUACCUCCGGCACGAAGUGCACCUCAUCCGGGAGAGCUGGGAGGAUUACCAGAACAUAACCCUGCCCUUCAUCCAGUCCCAGAGCUUCAGCAUCCAGUGGGUGUAUAAUAUCCUGGAGAAGAAAGCUGAGACUGAGAGAAUCGUCCAUGAAAACCCAGAUCCUUCUAAUGGCUUUGUUCUAGUUCCAGAUUUAAAGUGGAAUCAAAACCAGCUGGAUGACCUGUACCUGGUGGCUGUCGUGCACCGCCGGGACAUCAAGUCUCUGCGGGACCUCACGGCCGAGCACCUCCCACUGCUGAGGAACGUCCUGCAGGAAGGGAAGGAGGCCAUAGUGAAGCGGUUUGGGGUGCCAGGCUCCCAGCUAAGGAUCUACCUGCACUACCAGCCCUCCUACUACCACCUGCACGUGCACUUCACCGCCGUGGGCCACGACGCGCCGGGCAGCUCCGUGGAGAGAGCCCAUCUCCUGGCUGAUGUCAUCGACAACCUGGCCGUGGACUCCACCUUCUACCAGAAACGGGCCCUGACCUUCCCCCUGCGGGCUGAUGAGCCCCUGUUUAAGAAAUUCCAGGAGGCAGGAAAAGUGUGAGCAGGGAGAGGUGCUUUUGUAUCAUAUUUUUUUAAUGAAUAGCCCUUUUACUGGUUUUUUUUUGUUUGUUUUUUUAAGGUUUUGUUGCUUUCGUGUUUUUUAACUCUGUUUUUGUACAAGAUGGGGCUGAUGAUCCUUUGCUAUGGAAACUGUGUUGUCUGUUGAAGUCCAUUAAAACAUUGAUUGAAUAAA